GUCUUUUUUUGCAUUUCAGCUACGACAUGGUACAUUAUGGGCACUCUAACCAGCUACGACAGGCACAUGCCAUGGGUGACUACCUCAUUGUUGGAGUGCAUACAGAUGAGGAAAUCGCAAAGCACAAGGGGCCCCCAGUGUUUACCCAGGAGGAGCGCUACAAGAUGGUCCGCGCAAUAAAAUGGGUUGAUGAGAUAGUGGAAGGAGCCCCGUAUGUAACGACCUUGGAAACUCUGGACAAAUACAACUGUGAUUUCUGUGUGCAUGGAGAUGAUAUUACUCUGACUGUUGAUGGGAAAGACACAUACGCUGAGGUCAAAAAUUCAGGAAGAUAUCGGGAGUGCAAGCGCACGCAGGGCGUUUCCACUACUGACCUGGUUGGCCGAAUGCUCUUGAUGACUAAAACUCACCACAGCAACAUUGACAAAAAUUUAGACUAUCAGCAGCACACAGACAACUUUGGAAAGGGUCCCAAAGGCCACAGUCCUUGGACCGGAGUCUCUCAGUUCCUGCAGACCUCACAGAAAAUCAUCCAGUUUGCUUCCGGGAAGGAGCCACAGCCUGGGGACACCAUCAUCUAUGUGGCAGGAGCCUUUGACCUCUUCCACAUCGGCCACGUUGACUUCCUGGAGAGAGUGUACAAGCAGUCUGACAAGCCUUAUGUCAUUGUUGGGCUACAUUUUGACCAGGAAGUGAACCGCUACAAAGGAAAGAACUAUCCCAUAAUGAAUGUGCAUGAGAGGACUCUGAGCGUGCUGGCGUGCAGGUAUGUCUCAGAAGUGGUGAUUGGAGCUCCCUAUGCAGCCACCACAGAUCUGCUGGACCACUUCAAGGUGGACCUGGUAUGCCAUGGAAAAACAGAAGUCAUCCUUGAUAAGGACAACUCUGAUCCCUAUGCUGAGCCCAAAAGACGAGGCAUCUUCAGGGUAAUAGACAGUGGCAAUGAGCUCACCACUGACACCAUUGUUGAGAGAAUAAUCAAGAACAGGCUGCUGUUUGAGGCUCGUAACCAGAAGAAAGAAGCAAAAGAGAUCGCGGUGUUUCAAGCCUUGAAGAAACGUGAGGAGGAGAAGAUGAAGGAACAGCAAAGGGGUCUGGUGAACGAGGAGCAAGAGAACUGAAGAGCAGCAAACCAAACGUUGAAGCCAGGCGUUAUCCAGAUCAAGUCAGCAAACAAAAUCCGAACCCCUUGUAACAGGAGUCCUGUCUCACUGGUGGACACAUUGGAAUUGCUAUAGAUGAACUCCAGCGAUGGUGGUGGUCUUUUUCAUAGCAUGUAAUCUACUUUAAUAGCCAAUACAAACUGUGCUCAUCAAUAAAAAUUAAACUCCACUGGAUUUAAUGAUCCAUGCUAGCUAACUUUGGGUGCUCUGUGUUUACUUGGCAAUUAGCACAUACCUCUUGUACUUUUCCUUAGGGGCUUUAGAGAAUAUAGUCCUGCAACAUUUUUGGGUGAGAGAAUGCACUUUAAGCACUAGCAGAAGAUGACUGCUGUCUCCAGUAAGAAUACUGCAAUAAUAUAUUCAUUCUUUAAUUUUACAUUCUGUAUCUCGCCUCCGUGCAAUUGUCAGCCUUUCAAAGAGUGACCAAAGUUAUAAAAGAAAAACGAUUUUAACUAAGAGCACAUGUACAAUUAUAUUUUGGGAGGUACGAAACAUAAGCGAUCCAUACCGCAGAAAGAAAAAAAAAUCCAUAGCAUGAUUGCACAUGCUUCCUCGUUUUUAAAUAUUCUUGACUAGAUCAAAUCUGAGAUCUACAUAAACCAUGUAACCCUGGACACGAAUCAUUUGUGAUAUGCUAAACAUAAUACUUACUACUUUUAAUCUGAAGAAAUGAAUGCCUGCUAACCGUGAAAGGCUAUUUUAAGCAUUUUAAACUAAGCAAAACAAUGAAACAAAAAAAACAAAAAAAGCUUUUUAACUAAUUUAUUUUUGACCGGAUACAAGUGACCUAAUUUCAUCUGUUGAUCCAUCACACGUGUGCACGUUUUGUUAGGAUGAUUCAUUAUAACUAUUACCUAUUGUUUUGUGUACAUUUAUAAUGUCCCUGAGAUUCCCCAAUGUUCUUAUUAGAUGAAUCUGUGUGUGCAAGACUGAGAAUUUCUCUAACUUAAACAAUGUGGCUGAAAGGCGGAGGAUUGGUGAUGGGUAGUUGAGGAUUUUGCCACCUUGAGACCCGGGUUCGAACCCAGUUAUGGGAAUCAGUUAGAUGGGUUUUAUGGUUUAUACUCCAAGACCAUUAGCAUUUUAUUCUCUGUGAAAAAAAGUUGUUGGGCAGGUCAGGGUUGAGGUUCAUUGGCAAAACUUUGUGGGGAAAGUGACUUGGCACCUGGCACAUUGUGCCUAUUCUAAUGUAAGCCCAGCCAAUUUAUUCAGACAAAAAUAAUGAAUUUAUUGUAUGAAACACACCCUUGGAGAAAAUGGCAUUAUUGGAAUUUGAUUGUAGGUACUGUAAAUAAAAAAAUAAUAAUUAAAAAAUUGACUUUUAAAUUUACCUCUUUGUUAACUAUAAUUUUUUAAUUGUAGAUUUUUUUUUAAAUAUUGAAUGAUUGUUAUAAACUAACUUUCUCCCAACAUAUAUUUAUGAUCUAUUUAUAAACCCUGGAGAUUAUAUAUAAACUAAGAAAGUAUGUAUCUGUGAAUAAAAUAUGUUUGUCUCAGUUGCAACGUUUUGGAGCUGAAACAUCUUUGUUCAGAAAGUCUUAGCAAAACGCAAGGUCAACUUCAGGAAAAGUUAAGCAGAUAUGUAUUGACUAAUGCCUUGAAACCACUGAUGGACAGUAGUUGAAAUGUCCAGCUGACUUGGUCUGUUACUUAUUUAAUGUACGAUUGUCUUUUAAAGUCCUAGGUGAUUUGUCAGAAAAGUUAACGAUGUAAAAGGUAGGCUUUAUACCUUCUGAAUGUGUACAUUUUAUAUCUCUUAAUUUUACCAUGAUAUACGGUCUUAGCAACCCUAUACUUGGGCUAUUUUUUCCAGAAAGCCUCCUUGUUCAUGUCAUGAGGUAUUUUACAGAUUCAGAUGGGUAUACAUUAUUCCUAAAGCACUGACCAAAACCACUGAUUUGAAGAUUGUUGUUUUAUUUAUUUAUUUAACAUAAAAAUUUACAAUAGAAAAAUAACAUGCAUUUUUAGCGAUUGGGGGAAAUGCUUGAAAUUGGAAGUUUCAGAGUGAAAAACAAUGAAGUACAACUCUGGUUUGCACAUCUGCAAGUGACGUCCAAUGUAUUUAAACAACUUCGACCACGAAGGCAAUGCAUUUGACCUGGAUUUCUGUUGACUGUUGCUAUAACAAACAAAAUAGGUAAUGUAACAAAGUCAACGUGUUCAGUUUUAGCCCAGCAUUUCCAUUAACAAAUGUAAUCUAUAUUUUUCUACAUACAGCAGUGGUGCUGCCUGACAUUUCCUAGCAACGUUAAAAAGUAGUGCUAUAUUUUUUAGGAAUUUGCAUAAAGUUCAUUUCUGGCAUUAAAAAAAAAAAAAAAAAAAGUUGACUGAAUGCAUACAGUACCUGUCUACCUUUUGUACAUAAAGCUGACAUAACUGAUCUUGUCUCUUAAUUAUUCGUCAUGUGUGAUUCCGUUAUAUACAGUAAUCUGUGUUGUUGUAACCUUAAUAAAUUAAUAUUGUGUGUGAA